AUGUGCCUUUUAACAUUUACACUUUUUAUGCCAAUAAAAAAAUCAACAGUUUUAGCGGAAUUAGAUAAUAAUCAAAAUGAAUAUUUACAAUUACUUGAGAAAAUUAUAAUAGAAAUUGAAGACAAGCCCAUUCGAGAUGGAGGAGUGACUAUCGAUCAUAAAGAUUAUACUGAACUAAAAGAAUGGGCGACGGGUGUAUCAAAAUUAUGUAUUCGUGGAAACUCUUCUAUGGUAUAUGAUGAAUGGGAACCUCGGAGAAUAAUUGUAGAGUUAGCUAAUCGUAUAGAAAUAUUAAGUACACUCCAUAAAGAUCAAUUUAAGGAAAAAUCAGAAUAUACUUAUGGGUCAUUAGAACGUGAAGUAGAUAUUUUGAGAUCAAAUAUAAUAUUAGAUGCAAUUUAUGAUAACGUUGACAAAGGUUUACCAUACUUUCGAACCGAAGAAGAAUUUACGCCAUAUGCUCCACGUUAUGCGCCACUACAAACAAUACUCAGUGCAAUUGUAAUUCGUUCUAAACAAACAGUAGAUAAAUAUUUAUCAUCAUCUACUUGUAGUACAAACGAUAAGAAUUAUCAUAGAUACGCAGAUAGGUCGAUAUUUUAUAAUUCUUUAUCCGCUGGUUUAUCGUCAUUAGUUUUAUCUCAAGUUUCAAAGAAUUUUAAGUUUGACUUCAAAACUAAUUUAUUUGUCGAUGUUAUAAGCACAUUAACUAUUCAAAUUCAUAUGGUCAAAUCUAUAGUAUCCCUUGGAAAUCUAAAUGUUAAUGAUGAUUCUGUUAGAACAUUAAUAUAUUUAUGCAUCGCAUCUGACGAAAUAAAGGGUUCAAUCACUGAAAAAGCAAAGAAAUUAACUAUUAUAACGAUGGAAAAAAUAAUAUCAAAUAUUCCAAAAUCGGUCUUGAAAACAAUUAAUAAACAUCUCGCAAUAAAAUUAAUUUCAGAAACAGCUAGAAUCAAAGUACCCUUUUACUUGUUUACUUCAAAGGUUCCUUUUAUUAGUGAAUUGAAAAAGUUCGUACAUGAUUCAAUGACAUCUUAUAGUAUUGUCCUCUCUCAUCAUCCUUCUAAACGUCAAAAUUCUGCUGGACUCCUCUCUCGCCACCAUACGAAACGUCAAAAUUCUACCUUGCUUCUCUCUCGCCAUCAUACAAAACGUCAAAACACUCCCAAUGGCUUUGGCAAUAACGAUGAUAACAAUAACGAUAACAAUGGCUUUUGCGCAAAUUCAAAAAAAACACCAGCCGAUGGUACUCAAAACAGAGAUGGAGCUUGUGUAUCAACUGUUAUUGGCGAACUUCCAAGUGUUAACAAAAUGGUCUCCUGCAUCAUCACGAAACCUCCCAAUACAGGCAUAGUCAAAGCUAACCAACCUUUUAAUGUUGAAAUGGUAAUUACUAAUAUCCAGACUGGUGCAUUUAGUGAUCCUCAAACACAAUAUUAUGUCACUUCUCAAACCCUUAAUGGAGGUGGAUUUAUUAUAGGUCAUACUCACGUAACUGUUCAAAAAAUUGCUGGACCAAAUGCUCAGACCCCUCCAGAUGCUUCCGUAUUUGCUUUCUUCAAAGGAGCAGACGACCCAGCUGAUGGUCAGGGUAAAAUAGUAAUUCCUGUAACACCCGGAUUGCCCGCUGGUAAUUACAGAAUUUGUACAUUGAGCUCUUCAUUAACUCAUCAACCUGUGGUAAUGCCAGUAGCACAACGUGGUUCCCAAGAUGAUUGUAUUCGUAUAAAGGCCGUUAAUUAG